AUGCUUAAGGCUAGCAGUAAAUCGAGGCUCUGGCUGAUCUGUAUGCUAAUUGCGGUCUUUGGAGCCCUCGGAAUCGCGAUUGCCCUUACUCUUUUUGCGGGCCUGGUGGCAGGGAUCGGAAUUGCGGUGAUCAUCGCCUUAUUGGCCCUAGCAUACUUCGCGGCUAUUAAACGAGAACGUGGCGAUACCGUACAACCACAAAGGAUAUCAGCCACACGCUCCACUGGCCCUUCAUCUGAAGCGAGCAGUCGAUACGACAAAGCCCUCGAUUUGAUUAUCAAUGGAGACAAUGACCAAUAUAGACCUCAAAUCUUGGUCCUAACCGGAAACCCGGCAGCGCGUCCGGGUCUUGUCGAUCUAGCCGCUAAUUUUACGAGGUCAAGCUUAUUACUUUGUGGGUAUAUCCUUCAAGAACCCGUAAAUAAUCGAAUAUUUAACAAGGAAGAGAAGAUCGAUCGCCAUUUUAAGAAAUGGAUGGCAAAACGGGAAGUAAAAGGAGAAUUAGUUACUGUAGCUAGUGAUACGAUGGCAAUGGGGACCUCCAUUUUUAUGCAGACUGUCGGAAUCGGGCUACUGAAACCAAAUAUUCUAAUGAUGGGCUUCAAAACAAAUUGGGCGAAAAAGGCAAAGGAAGGAAUGAAUGAGAUUAUUGAUUAUUAUAAAACGAUCGAAGUGGCACUUUCGAAGAACGUUGCCUUGGUUAUAUUCCGUAAUUCUUGUUGCGGAUUGGAUCAUACAGAGUCGAUGCGGAAAUUCCAGAUUAACCUGCACGACCUGGACAUUGAUAAUAUUGCUAACAAGAACGACCUGACAAUAACGGCAAAUGCUGGAAAAAUAUUGCGAAAGGAAAUGGCACAAGAUGAGCUAUCGUCCGAGCCGUUGCCCAGAGCCUCAGGAAGUUCGGUAGCUCGUUUUAAGACCAGUACCGUAAAUACCGAAGCCCAAAUGUUUGUGAACGAGCUGAGAAAAUUCCGAUAUCCGGUCAGAAGCGGUGUGAUCGACGUAUGGUGGCUACAGGAUAAUGGUGGAAUGGCCAUGUUUUUACCGUAUUUACUGACGCAAGAAGGGAGCUAUUUGGAGGGAGCAAAAAUUCGUGUAUUCAUCUCCUCACAAAAAUGCAAUGACCCGAAGUUGCAGACGAUGCUUACUAAAUUACGUAAAUAUGGAUUGCAUACAGAUGAUUUGCAUGUCCUUUCGACAUUCGAUGAGAUGCCCGCGAAGGAGAUUCAAGAAGAUUUUGCCUCGAAAAUCCAAUAUCUAAAUAAUGAUCUGGUUUCGCCGGGACAAGGCUACACGAGCAACCGAGAGCUGAAGAGCAUGGAAGAGAGGACGAUGAAAUAUUUGAGAAUCGCGGAAUUGCUUCGAGAAAAUUCGGGAACCGCUGAUAUGAUUGUGGUGACAUUGCCGCAGACCCGAGCCGAAGAGGUGUCUCCAACAUUGCUGAUGGCGUGGUUGGAUGUGAUUUCGGAUCGCCUGCCACCUGUGCUACUCGACAGGCCCCUCAACCACGAGCCGAAAGUUAUGGCCCUCAGGAAUCCGGAAGCCCAUAUGAAAAGUAGUGGCUACAUGGGAGUCCCGGAUGCAGAAACCGGAAACUACAAGGGUGCAAUCACAAAAGGAGGCAAGCAUCAGCCUGAUCGACGAACCUUUGGAAGCUAUGGUUCAAUCGAUUCGCCAAAAUCCUCCGCCGGCACUCGAAGCGGAGCCAAUGGCAAAAGGAGCAUGGGAAGCGGCUAUAAGGCUACCGGAAAUCUUUAUUCUUCGGGUGGAGGUGGCGCGAAUCAAGAAUAUUCUGAUGGCUAUGGAUCUGAUGGCCAAGACAGUUAUUCUGGAGGUUCCCAAAGUGCGUACGGCGGUGAUGAGGAUCGAUAUUCGUCGUCUUCUUCGUCUGCACCGACUGCUAGUAAUAGCUAUCCAUCUAGCUCCGGUAUGAGACCCCAGCCCGCCGAAUAUGGAUCAUCCUCUAAUUAUGGAGCACCACCCCCAAACGCUGGUUAUCCGAGCAAUCAGAAUAGUGGAUAUUACGGAUCGUCAUCAGGCUAUGGACAGCCUGGAUACGGUGUUCAGCAACCAGCUCCCGGCCAAUAUGGCACUUAUUCCAGCUAUACAGUUCCUCCCCAACCAGCCUAUCCACAACAACCCCACACGAACAGCUACCAAGCAGGCUAUGAAACUGGAUAUCCUUCGGCACCUCAAGAAAAUAUCUACCAAACUGCCCAACCGAGUUAUCCGGGAAAUUAUGGAGCACCGUCCGCUCCUUCAAGCUAUGGCCCGUCUGGAUACGGCCAAUCUGGAGGAUACGUAGCCCCCGCUCAGCCCGCUCCAACUACAGAUUAUAAUUCUGGACCCUCGUCUGGCUACGGAACUUAUUCAAGCUACAGUGGUAGCCCGCAAGGCGGAUCAUCGUCUGGAAUUUCCGAUUAUGGUCAGAAUGGAGGAGGUUACGGAAAUGGAGGUGGAUACGAAAGCUCAAGCCAAGGCUACCAGAAUAUGGGCGGUUCCGGGAAUAGCGAUUACGGAGCUUCAUCAAACUAUGGAAGUUCCGAUUCUGGCUAUGAAGGUGGGGCUAGCAAUGGCGGAUACGGUAGCGAUGGAAGCGCACCGUCGGCUCCAGCUAAUUCAUAUUCCGGAUAUUCCCGUGGUAGCGGCAAUGGAGAUUCCGGGGCUUAUUCUGGUGGAGGUGGCGAUAGUAAUGGUGGAGCUGGCGCUUAUUCUAGCUAUUCUGGAGCUGGAAACUCUGGUCCCAACAAUAAUAAUGAAAAUAUGGAAUCUUACGGAUCUUCGAACAACAAUAACGACAACUACGGUAGUAGCGGAGGAAACUACCAAGGUGGUGGUGAUAACACAUAUUCCACUGGUGGUGCCUAUGGCUCAGAGAGCAAUCAAGAUAACCAAGGAUAUUCAAGCUACUCCAAAAUGGUGCCACCCUUCGAAUCGGCCUCUUCUGGAGGUUCAUAUGGAAAUGAAGAUCAAGAUGGUAGAAACAACUAUGGAAGUUCACAGGGUGGUGGAAAUCAAAACUCGUUCUCUGGCUCUCAAUCCUAUGGAAGUUCCUCCUCUACCCAGCCGGAUUAUUCAAAUUACCAAGGCGGUGGAAACGAACAACCGACUUCAAACUACGGCAGCUCUAGCCAAGGUGGAGACUAUGGUAAUUAUGGAAAUGGCGGCGACCAGGGCGGCUUCAACUCGUAUGGAAAUUCCGAUAACUACCAAAGCGGCGCUCAAAAACCAAGCCCAAGCACCUAUAAUAGCUACGCUGGAUCGACCCAGGACAAUCAGGGCUAUAACAAUAAUAACAAUAACAAUAUGGGAGAAAGUUACGGUAGCGGUGGCGCUGUUUAUGGAGGAGACAAUGGAAAUUAUGGGCCUGAUGAUGGGCAAGGAGGAGCUGUUUAUGGUGGGCAAGGAGGAUCAGCUCCAGUAGAUUAUGGAAACUACAACGGAUAUUCCGGAUAUUCUGGUCAGUCCAGUCCGACCACCUCCAACUCUUAUGGAGGAGGAAAUCAAGAACAAGACAAUUGGGAUGGAGGUAACAAUUAUCCAAAUGAAGUUGGAGUUGAUAUCGACGUCGACUUCAAUGGACAAGGAGGAGGUGGAGCAUAUUCUCCAAGCGCUUAUUCAAGCUAUGGAGGACAGCCGAGUGAUACUAUUGGAGGAUAUCAUGGUGGAUACGAUCGAGUGGGAUAUGGAACCAUCAAGAGGAAAACCAAGGGCAGGCCCAGGAUGAGGAGCCCGACUGCCAAAAACGCUACAACCCCAUCCUAUGGCCAGUUUGAUGGUUAUAGAAAGAAAGCAACGGCGACGGUCCUCAAAAAAAAC